AUGUGGAAAACUAUUAAUAAAUUGAUUAACAAGAAAUCAAAAACAACAACUAUCUCCGAAAUUAAAACUGAGAAUGGAAGUGUUACCGAUGCUAAAGAAAUUACAAAUGUCUUAAAUGACUAUUUUUGCAACAUAGGUUCAAAUCUGGCAGAAAACUUAGAAAGGACACCAAUUCAACCAUCUAGUUAUAUAGAUCAGAGUGAAACUGAAUUUAAGCUGCACUCUGUAACUGAAAAUGAAGUUUAUAAAUAUCUUUCCAAUGUUAAACCAACUAAAUCGACUGGUUAUGACCAAAUACCACCAAAAUUAAUUAAAGAUGCGGCUGGAGUAAUCAGUAGAUCACUAACAAAAAUUUUUAACGAAUCUAUUGUAUCUGGAAUUUUUCCUGAUGAUCUAAAAAUAGCGGUGCUGUCGCCAAUCUUUAAGAAAGAUAGGUCCUGUUGUGGUAACUAUAGACCAAUUUCAGUACUAUCAGUUAUAGCGAAAGUUUUGGAGAAAAUUGCAUUUGAUCAAUUGUGUAGUUAUCUUCAUGGUAACAGCAUAAUUGCAAAUCAGCAAUCAGGCUUUAGGAAAAAUCAUUCAACCGAAACGUCCUUACUUACAGUUACAAAUAGAUGGUAUUGCAAUAUGGACAAUGGACUUCUGAACGGCGUUUUAUUUCUGGAUUUAAAAAAGGCAUUUGAUUGUGUAGAUCAUCAAAUCUUACUAAACAAAUUAGCAAUGUAUGGAAUUCGUGGUAUAACAUUAAAUUGGUUUAAGUCGUAUCUCUCCAAUAGAAAGCAAACUUGCAAAGCUAACAACAUAUUUUCAGAAAUGAAACCAAUUAAAACUGGUGUGCCGCAAGGCUCCAAUUUAGGACCCCUGCUAUUUAUUAUCUAUGUCAACGACUUACCUAAUUGUCUAGACAGUGCUAGUGCAAGCAUGUUUGCCGAUGAUACAAAUAUAACAGCAACCGGUCAGACAGUACAACAACUCCAAAGUAAUUUGAAUAACAAUUUAGAAAAAGUACACCACUGGCUUCUCGCAAAUAAAUUAACUCUUAGUUACAAUAAAACAGAGUACAUGAUUAUUGGUUCAAGACAAAAAAUACUAAACAUUCAAGAAGAACCAAUAAUAAGCAUAG